CAGUGGCCUCCUUCAUUCACAAAACCAGGAAGUGACUGGCCGCUGGCACAGUUGCACAGCUGCAGUUCCACAACAAAAAAUACGCUUUACAAAGGUUCACUGUGCAGCUGAUGUUGAGAUGAAGAUUGAUGAAAAGGUUAUGUGUUAUUUUGAAUCCAGUAACACUCCUGUGGACAAACAAGGCUACCUGUACAAGAAGGGUGAGAUCAAGACUUCCUAUCAGAAGCGCUGGUUCGUACUGAAAGGAAACCUUCUCUUCUACAAGGAAAAGCCAGCAGACCGGGACCUAAUUGGGGUCAUUGUUCUGGAGGGCUGCACUGUCCAGCUCUGUGAGUCUGAUGAACAGUUUGCCUUCUCUCUGGUGUGGAGUGAACCAGGACUAAGAACAUACAAAUUUGCUGCUGAGGACCAGGAGAGCCUGGAGGACUGGAUCAAGACCCUUCUGUCUGCCAAUCACCAGUACCUGGCUCUGCUGCUCAGUGACAUGGAGCAAGCCUACAGAGAAGCAUUAGGAGGACCCCCCAUAGAGCCAACCAAAACCAACCCUUUUGUCAUGCCAUACUUUCCUAUUUCUGAAGCAGGACAUGCCUCCACCUCUUCCUUAUUACGCCACUCGUCUUCACAGCCGACCAUUGCAUCUUCCAGCUCUGCAGCAGGACCUGCAUUAGGACCUUGUCUCAGGGCCGGUCCAGUGGCUGGUCCAAUGCUUCAGCCAUCUGCAGCCAUUUCAACAAAACCCACACUUAAAAAAUCCCCCAAGCUAUGGCCCAAGAAAGCCACCAAUGCUGUGAAUACUCAGCCGUCCUCCAUGUUUUUUGGCGACUUUGCUGGAAUCACAUUAGAUCCACAGGAUGAGUUUGUGAAAAUGCAUGAAGAAUUUGGAAAGGAAAUCAAAAAACUUAUUUCACAUUGGGCAAAAAGAAGACCAGAUGGACAAGAGGACCUGAUAGACUUUGGCUGAUAACUGUUAUUACGUGUUUAAACCAAAAUGUAAAGUACAAUGACCAAAACUAGAAUUUAUUACCGUAUGUGAGAGUAUUUACGUUGGUUGAUAUCUUGUGCUUUAGGCUAAAGGCCAAGUUUAAAAUACAUUUUAUUGUCUUAUUCAUCUUCAACUGUUUUAAAGUAUAUAUUUAAUUAUUGUCAACGUAAUUAAUUAUAGAUGCAAAUUACAUCUUUUUAAAAAUGUAUUUGUGUAAAAAAAUAAUAAAAUAAAAGUUGGAACAUUUGCCAAAAACUGA